CUAUUCCUGGAAACUGAACGUGGGGAAAUCCCCCCUGGGCAUUAUAAGAAGCCCCUGGGCUCUGCAGAAGCCAGGGGCUCCAGUUAAGAGCACAAGAUGAUGUCAGGCCUCCUCUGCCUCCUAACCCUUCCGUUUGUCCUUGGCCAGACCACAGGGGAUUUGGAGCCCCUGAUCCCAAGUACCCCCUCCAGUUCUUUCCCUGACUCUGUGUUGAGAUCCGGCUUCAACAACAGCUUUGGUCCCAGCCUUGGCUCCGUGUCUCAGUCGCUUUCCAAUUUCACCGGCUUCGAGGAUGACCAUGGCACCUGCCAGUGCUCCGUGACCCUCCCAGACACCGCCUUUCCCGUGCAGAGAGUGGAACGCUUGGAAGUCACGGCUCACGAGCUCUCCCAGAAGUUCGAGAAAGAGCUUUCUAAAGUGAGGGAGUAUGUCCAGUUAAUCAGCGUGUAUGAAAAGAAGCUCUCCAACCUAACCAUCAGAGUAGAGAUCAUGGAAAAGGAUACCAUUUCUUACACCGAACUGGACUUCGAGCUGAUCAAGAUAGAAGUGAAGGAGAUGGAGAAACUGAUCACACAGCUGAAGGGCAGCGUUGUUGGAAGCACAGCUGUUGUCAACCAGCUGGAAGUGGAGAUAAGGAAUAUGACUCUCCUGGUAGAGAAGCUGGAGACGCUAGACAAAAACAAUGUCCUUGCCAUUCGCCGGGAAAUCCUGGCUCUCAAGACCAGGCUGAAGGAAUGCGAAGCCUCUAAAGGUGAAAAUGUUCCUGCCGCCCCACCUCCUCCUGCCCCUGGGAGCUGUGGGCACAGCGGUGUGGUGAAUAUCAGCAGGCCGACUGUCGUUCAGCUCAACUGGAGAGGGUUUGCCUAUAAGUAUGGUGCCUGGGGUCGGGAUUACUCUCCCCAGCAUCCAGAAGGGGGGCUGUACUGGGUAGCCCCUUUGAAUACAGAUGGGAGAUGUCUGGAGUAUUACAGACUCCACAAUACACUGGAUGAUUUGCUCUUGUACAUAAAUGCCCGAGAUCAGCGACUCGUCUAUGGCCAAGGCGCUGGUAUUGUGGUUUAUAACAACUACAUGUACGUCAACUGGUACAACACCAGAAACAUUGCCAAAAUUAACCUGAGGAACAACAGGGCUGAAGUGACUCAGACUCUCCCUGAUGCUGCCUAUAAUAACCGCUUUUCGUAUGCUAAUGUUGGUUGGCAAGAUAUUGACUUGGCUGUGGAUGAGAAUGGAUUGUGGGUGAUUUAUUCAACUGAAGCCAGCACCGGUAACAUGGUGAUUAGUCAGCUCAACGACACCACGCUUGUGGUGCUGAACACUUGGUACACCAGGCAGUAUAAGCCAUCUGUUUCCAAUGCCUUCAUGGUAUGUGGGGUUCUGUACGCCACCCGCACUCUGAACACCAAAGAAGAAGAGAUUUUCUACUACUAUGACACAAACACAGGCAAAGAGGGCAGGCUAGAUAUUACCUUGCAUAAGGUGCAAGAAAAAAUACAGAGCAUUAACUAUCACCCUUUUGAGCAGAAACUUUUUGUCUAUAAUGAUGGUUACCUUCUGAAUUAUGAUCUGAUCUUUAACCAGGAACCCAAGUAAAUGGGUGAGGUUGAGAGAGGCACUUAUUUAGCUAUCUGCAGGGGGAUUUGGAAGUGUGUUUGCUUAGUAGUGAUAUUUGGGAGCAUAGUUCUAUCACGCUGGAGACUUGGGAUAUUUGCCCUGGUCUGAUGAGUUCUUUUGGAAGCCGUGUGCCUCCAGAGGUACAUUUCCCUACUGGAAAGAAGGUCGUUCCAGGAUGGUUGGGAUUGGGGAGGUGUAGAGGCAGUGUGGGUCCCAGGAAGAUGUCAGUGGUCCAGGCAGCAUCUGGAAAGGAAGGAACUCAAAGAGAACUCCGCCUGUCUUUUGGGGAUUCUUUGUCCCAACAUGUCUCAAUGACCAGUUUUGCCCCAUGUAGCCAGGCUAAUUCAUCCAUACUUGGAAGAAACCUGGGCUCAGUUAGGCAGAUGGAUACCUGGAGCUCCUCGAGGGAUCGAAUCUCCGUCUUUGUUUUUCUUCCUAACACCUGGAAUGACGUUUUAUAUAGAGCAGAUUAGUAAAUUAGCAUGCUUAUAUUAUAUCUGUAAAACACUUAGAGUUUUCUAAAGAAAGGCUCUUUUAUGCAUUAGGUUGUACACUGUAAAUCAGUCCCAGCUGGACGUAUAGAUGAGGCUCUAGAUUUUUCUCUGCUCCCUCUGUCCACCUAGGUCAGAGUCAGGAGAGCCCUCCUACCUCAUAACUUCAUUCCAAAGGCAGCUCAGCAGAUUAGAACCAAACUUCCCAAUCGAUUCCCACCACCCCCAUCCCCCACUCUCCCCGUUCCCUACUUCCUGCUUUUUAUGAAAAUUAACCAUUUUUUUAUGGCAUGGAUAUAAGAAAAACAAAACCAUGGUUUUUUGUCUCUUCAUGAAGUUUCAUUUCCAUGACUCUAAGACCUUAGGAAGAUCACAUGGCAGAUGAAAUAAUAGCCUAUGUGGUUAUAUCAGAAAGCCCUUGGAGCAUAUGCUUCACUUGUAUUAAGUCAUAUCAAGUGUUCCAUGCAAUUUUUGUCUUUGUUUAAGCCUGGACGCUCUGAGAAAAUGAAGUUUUUUGAGGAAGAAAUAUUAAAAAAAAGAACAAACACUGAUAGUAUCUAGCAAACCAGUGCAGUUUGAGAACCUUCCUGGUGUCUGUGCUUCUGUAGCUUUGGGUGGGUUUAUCGUCCGGUUUUGGUCUCUUUGCUUCGAUGUUCACGAGUCCAGUCUAUCCUUCAAUGCUGUAAUUGUCCCCUUUUGAUAAACGAUUAAAGUGUAUUUUGGUAAAAA